AUGCCCCAAGGCUACGCUCUUCGCAAUAAGGGCGGGUGUCCAACACCAGCAGAGUCAGGAGGAUCAACAUGGGACAAUUUCUACACGUGCUGCCCACCGGACACCUACAAUAAGCCCAACCAGUACAACACGAUAUGCCGUCAAGGAGUCAACCAGCCUACCUUGACCCAGUGCGCGAACACCACGUGGAAUCUUUACGCGUGGGAUAACACCGAUGAUGAUGCGUACGAGUAUUUUUGCUGUCUGCAGGGGUUACAAGGGUUCUACAGCAAGGAGAACAGCACAUAUGGAUAUUUUGGAUGCGUCAACUCGACCGACAUUGAUACCGAUACCAUGGGAACCCUCGAAAUCGCCGUGACGGGCACAUCAUCCGCCACAGCAACAGCAACUUCAACGUCCUCGACAACAUCAACUAGCACGACUGCCUCGGCUACCACGACUUCAUCGUCCGACACAACGGCAUCAGACGGCGGCUCUAGCUCCAACACCGGGGCAAUUGUCGGAGGCGUCGUCGGUGGUGUCUGUGGCGCAGCACUUAUUGCAGUAUUGGUCUGGCUGAUUUUCCGAUAUCGAGCGCGCGCUGCAAAAGGGGACCAGUCGACUGAGACAGCAGAGAUCAGUAACCAACAGCAGCCGCUGUACUCCGACAACCCAACAAAUAGCAACUCCGCCCCCUCACAGCCCAGCACUGGAAGCCAUGCACGUUCAGGCUUGCAAUCGCCCUCGGAGCUGUCUCCAGGCGAGCCUUCUGAGCUUAACGGGGACUCGCCUGGGCAGCAAUACGGUUUUUACGAGCUUGAGUCGGAAGCUGCUAAACGGCCGUCUUGA